GAAAAAAAAAGAAGAAAAAGAAAAACUAGAAGCUCAAAUUCGCGUCUCCUUGUAGAUCUGCUAGCUCUGGGGUUUCCUUCAUCCAUUAAUUCAACGCUCUUCGUGCCCGAAACCGUCUUCGCAGGUCAGCUCCUCUUCUUCGCUUUCUCUCAUUUCCUGUUUCUAUUCUCUCUCCUGGAUUUCGUUUCCAUCCUCCAAUAUUUUAGGGUUUUCUCAUUCUGCAAAUUAAUAUAUCCUCAACGGUAGAUCUUGAUUUGGAGCUUAUCUGCCACCACGAAAAUUUCACUCGAUUUAUUUCUUUUACUGUUCUGAUCGGAUUUUAAAUAAACGUUACAAUCAUUAUAACGUGAAGGUCUGAUUUCUAAAAUAUAUUUAUCGUUUAUCUUCGUUGUUCCAAUUCGUUGGAUUUGAGGGUUUCCUUCAAUUUUUCGUUCUUCAACUCAAAUAAAUGUCGGUUAAUUACUGUACGCAUGCUUGUGCUUGAUUACGUGUGGAUGUGGGCUCUAAUAGGCAAUGGCAUGGGGUUAUAUUUGUCAGAUUUGUGAAUGGAUUGGUUGUUUUAAAUUCUCGGUUAUUUAUGUGCAGAUUGUGAAUUGAAUGGAAGGAACUGGAGGCAGCAGUGCCUCGGCUGCUGCACCCGUGAACCAAUGGUGGCAAGAAUUUUCGAAGCUAUUUCAAUAUUAUUUGGAUAAAUCUACCCCGCACACUACGUAUAGAUGGGUUGGGACUUUGGUUAUUGCGGCGAUCUAUGUUUUGCGGGUUUUUUAUGUCCAAGGAUUUUAUAUCGUGUCAUAUGGACUUGGAAUCUACCUGCUGAAUCUGUUGAUUGGGUUUCUGUCACCUUUGGUUGAUCCUGAGCUGGAGCCGUCGGAUGGACCUUUGCUACCGACUAAAGGUUCUGAUGAGUUCAAACCGUUCAUUCGCCGACUGCCUGAGUUUAAGUUCUGGUAUUCUUUCACAAAGGCUUUCUGCAUAGCAUUUGUGAUGACUUUCUUUUCUGUAUUUGAUGUUCCUGUCUUCUGGCCAAUAUUACUCUGUUAUUGGAUUGUUCUAUUUGUUCUUACAAUGAGGCGCCAAAUUGCACACAUGAUCAAAUACAAAUACAUUCCAUUCAACUUUGGAAAGCAGAAGUAUAGUGGCAAGAAAUCUGCUGCAAGCAGCAGUGGCACCCGCGCUGACUGAAGCUUGGCCUGGCCUUGUCACGAUUUGAAGAAUACAGAUGUCAAAAUUAGGUUUUGUGGGCGUCCUGGGUAGUUGAUUUUUCCUUUUAUUUGAAGGCAUUUGUAGGCAGGGUAUGAUGGAUGCCAAUAUGCAGUUACAGAAAAUCUAAUUGUGUCAACUCGUUUUAUGAUACCAGAAGACAUGCUAAAUUGCUAAUGCUGGCAGUGAAUGUCAUUGUUUGAUAUCACCAGUAUUUGAUUCAGUUUUAGAUUUUAUUACAAAUCUAGUUUUGUAUUGCGAUGCUGCAACCUUUCCUUGUACUCCCAUGCUUUGAAGACAAACUUCAUAUGGCACUUCCAUUUUUCUCCUGUCCAGGGAAAACUAUUUGCCAAAAGCUUCUGUCUUUUUACUUAUAAGGAUAUUAGAUGUACUAUUGACAGCAUCUUCACGUGCAUUUUUU